GGACUAACCACAGCUGUCCGCUAUUCAUUUUACCAUCAUCAAGAAAUUCACGGUAAAGGCAACGAGACUGCAGGAGGCUCCGGUAGGGGUGCAGUCGGCAGACAGAUACCGCAUCACGCUUGGGCGAGAUUGGGGGUCAGUCCGUCAGAUCAGCGUGACGCAGAGAGAUAUUAUGGAAAACUCAACCGGACUAAUAAUCGCCAGCCAACCGGCGCGACCAAUUGCUACUAACCGGUUAAGAGGUUAAUUAAGCGGCACGACACCCAGGUGAUUGACCAUUUCCCAGCGGUGCUGGAGGUCUUAAUCUCUACUGUAAGUGAGACUAUUCAAACUCUCUCAUUGGGCUUGCAGACUCGGAGAACCUACCUUCAACGAGAUGGCUACGCCCACAGUUUCCACCUUCGUUAGCUCUGUGAUCCUGGUGCCCAUCGUCGUAGCGGUGAGCAGUGCUGCGAUUUCAUCCCUCCUAUCCUACGAGAUCGCUGGGCAGCUUGACUGGAGGCCGAUCACCGUAUGCGUAACAUGUGACAUUCUUGCUAUCGGUGUUGACCACCUGAAGGAUCAAGAAGUUGUCAUCGGUGCUUGGGGUGCGGCUGUCAUGAAGCGCUUUGCCCCCGUGUUCCACCUUGCCCGUAUUUUUCUGGCAUUUAAUGCGUCGCUUCUUGUGAUAGCUUUAUGUCGAAGCCCGCCAGGAACGACGCUUGUCACCGCAGUUUUUGCUGCCCCCGCUUUUCUGUGGGCAACGCCGCUUGAUCUUCGGCGGAUCGGUGUAGUACUGAAGAGCUUCAUAUGGGCAAAUUAUGAUCAAAAAGAAACGGAAUACGACCCACCCAGAUCUAAUGAACCAUUCAUAAUCAAACGAGUUCCUGGCAUGAAGGCUAUAUUUGACGGUAUCAUUCGAGGUUGUGGGACAUUCUUCGUCGUCCACUCAGCACUGCAGUUAUCAUGGGAAACGGCCAAUAACGCGCCUCCAUGGACGAUCAUUGAGAUUAUCAUUUGGUCGACGGUCAAUCGCACUUGUCAUUGCAUUAUGUCAGACAUACGUGAUUAUGACGAGGACGAGAAGGCCGGAGUCCCGACCAUACCCAUCCUUCUAGAGUCUCCUCUUAAGACUCGGAUAGUCUUGACUAUCGUUCAAGCAGCCGUUAUGAUGGCCUUCCUCCGCAAUCCAUUCAUUGUAGGAAGUUCCUGCUUCGCAAUUGCUCUUGUUUGGAUUUUGGGGAAAGAUUCUCCGAAAAUUUACUUCCGUCUCAGUCUCCAUUCACAAUCGAUAUUCAUCGCUAUGUACGCAGUUAUGUUCGCUUUGGACUUGCUCUAGACCACCAUUGUAUAGGUCAAAAGAUUCUUAGAAAGCGCAGCCUCCAUUCUCGGUUAACAUUCAUUGUACUUGUGCUGUUAUGUAUGGUCUAGACCAUUGUUGUACGUCUUAGAGUUGAAAGAUUUUCGAAAUUUAGGUACUCACGUCUCAACCGAAUUUAUUCAAAUCAUGAUCCAGA